CUUCAGUCCUGAAUGUAUAAAAACAGAAAUCCUCAACAAAAGCUGCAUUGAAGAGAGCUACCAGCUCAAAGAACAUACAGAAUGGUACAAUCUUUUGCAUGAGUGGUCUUGUGACCACUGUGCAAAGAAUAAUAUACAUUUCCACGUGACAGAUGAGCUUCUCAUACCAGACGCCGUGCUAUCGGCUUGGUAAAACGUGAACGGCAUGUCACUGCUGCAGACAGUCAAUGUUUUAAUCAGCGGAUCGUUAAUUUGACACAGCAGAACUUUGCGAGUGACAGGACAGAUUGCAGGAUGGGUUUGCUGCAGCUCCACAGUAUGUUCACGCACACAGCUUCGUUAGCUGAUUCCUCACUGUUCUACAGAGCAGGUGCGAGUGUCCUUGACACGCGUUUAACAGAAGACAGGUCUGUGACAAGCGACUGUGAACGUGUGUUAUAGGCUACUACAGUGUGGACGUGUGGUGAGAAAAUGUAAGCUGAGAAGUACAGGGAACUCUGUUGCAAAGCGGGUGACAAACGUUUUGCUCGUCACCCUCUCACAUAUCAUUUUAAUUUAACACGUCGAAAUGUGUCAGUGUGAGUAGGCCUCGCUGUAAAUGUGUCUUUAGUAGGGUUCAAGCCGCGAAGCGUUAUUAUUAUUUGGCUUACGCCGCGGCUCAAAUUGCCGUGAGCUGGAAUGAGCUAGAAACACGAAACUUGGCCCAAUAACUGGGAACGCUGCGCAUGCGCUUCCAUGGAAAGAUGAGCCCAAUCGGCCACAUGGUGGCGCUGUAAUGAAGGCCAAGAAAUGCAAUUUUGGAAAGGCCACGCCCCUCACCCCAUAUGUGCGAUUAACUUGAAGUGCGCAACGUGCUCUACAAAAAAAAGCCUCUUGGACCGUUAAUGUCCGCCAUGAUGGAUUUUUUUUGCUAAUUAGCAUAAUGUGAAAAACAGUCAAAUGAAUAGAACUUUUUGAAUUUUGAUUCUAUUAACACCGAAUUUUUUGAUCCAGCAUCCAGCACUAUCUCGUGAACAUACACACCGAGUUCAAAUCUGAUGAAGGGGGGACGAAUGGCAGAACUUUGAGUGCGGAAUGAUUGAAGCGCUGCAGGCUUUGUGAUGAUGAAACAAGUGUGCGAUUGAUCUUACUCCUUCUUUCAAACAGAAUUAAGCAAGCUGAAGUGACUUUGCUCGUUGCUGCCUGCGGCUAUAAUUUUCCGAUCAAGCUGCUUACUCCUGUUGAGCGAAAAAAGGUUUGAACUUGGGCGGCUAUAUUUAAAUUUUGGGUUUUAUUACAAGUUUAAGUAAAGAAGUUAGAAGCAUUGCUGAUAUUUUAUUAAAUUUGUGGAAAGUAACUAAGCACAUUUAAUUAAGUGUUGUAUUUAAGUAAAAUUUUUCUACUCCACUACAUUUCAGAGGGAAAUAUUGCACUUUUUAUUCCAGCUGUAGUGCAGUAACUAGUUACUUUUCAGAUUAAGAUGAUUAAGACAUUAGAAACAUAUUAAAUACAAUGCAUUGUUAAAAAUUAAACCAAUGUUUCACAACCUUUUUGGCUCGUGAUCUCUUACAAAAAAGCACUCAGAGACUCAUUGGGGCCCCUUGUCUCAUUUAAGAUGUCUAUGAGUUGUUAAAACUGCUCAAGUGGUUUAAAUGAAAUAAAACUAACCUAACUGUAUACAAAGUAGUAAAAACUAGCUCCACCUCAAGCAGCUACAACAGUACAAUCCUGCGUCCACACUGAUGCAUCAGUAUUAACAUUCUAAUAAUGUCAUAUAUAAUCAGUCACAGGGGCCAUUUUACUGCAGAAUGAGUAUUGUUGCUUUUGAUACAUUUUGCUGAUAAUAACUCUGUAAUUUUAAUUAAGUGGGAUUUUGAAUGCAGGACUGUAUGAGUAUUUUACAUGAAUGUACUGGUACUUUUACUUACUGUAGGUAAUCUGAGUACUUCUUCCAUUGCUAAAUUUUGCACAGUAAACCGUACAUCACAUUUCAUGGAAACUGCAGUGGAAACAGACAGUGUAAGCAAACUUCUGUUAAUAAGAAAACAAAGCGAGGCAUCCCUGCAUAAGCACACUGAUAUUGCUUUUUUAAUUCCUUUCUGGUGCUUUCUAUUGUUGUGGAAAGAUUCAGUUAGAAUCUUUGAAGUUAUUUCCUGUCGAAAUAUACAAUCAUUUCCUGAAAGAUACACAAACCCACAUUUUACGUGUGUGCGUGCACAUGUGUGUCGUACAGUUAAAGAGGAAGGCUGAGCACCAAGCCAUAAAGGUUAGAGGUUAGAGAGAGCUGCUAUCAGUCUGGGUAAGAAAGGGGUAAAUCAGAAAGCUGGCUUGCCAAUGCUCAGGCUCCCCAACAAACAUUUGAAAGAGCGAGAACCGAAUAUCAAAUUUGAGGCUGGACAUCUGCCUUACUUGUGUUCCCAGUCUAGAGCACAUAUACAGUGAAGACUAAAAGGCUUGCCUGCAGUAAAAAAGUUGAAGGCAAGGAAAGAGAGAGAGAGAGAGAGGAGAUUUGACACUUGGCAAAACAAAAAGCAGAUCUGGAGAGGAGCUGUGAUGGAAAACCUGCCUGUCUACCAUGGACCCAUUGGCAAGGAAGAGGGGGAGAGGCGGCUGGCCCAGGACGGGCGGGAUGGCUGCUACCUAGUCCGCAACAGUGACUCUGUGGUGGGCGUCUACUGCCUGUGUGUGCUGAGCAACGGAUAUGUCUACACAUACAGGCUCCACAAGGACGAAGCAGGUUCAUGGGCGGCAGAAACCACUCCUGGUGUGCAGAAACGAUAUUUCCGGCAAAUCAGGAACUUGAUAGCAGCUUUCCAAAAGCCUGGACAAGGAAUUGCCAUGCCUCUGCUCUACCCUGUCACUGCUCAGAGACGGGCACAAACACACACAGAGGCAAGGACACCUGGUAAUAGCCUGUCACCGACACACAGCAGCCCAGACGCUUACCUCCAACAGCGGCCUCCGCAUGCUGCUCAGGGACAGAAAAACAGAAACAAGAAGGAGGUGCGCCAAGCUUUUGGUUAGGGGCAAACCCUAAGCUCACCAUUGACCUAAUUAUAAAGAAAAAUACUGUCUUUGCAAGAUGCCUACUGUUGCAUUUUGCAUGCUGUGUGUGAAGCAAAUGUCAUUUUUUUCCAAUUAAGCAGCCCCUUUAUGUCAAAUAACAGUGACUCAGAUCUCAGUGUCCUUCCAGUAUCUUUUUUUUCCUCUCUGCAUAUGCAACACACAAAGUGCCUCAUAACUUUCAGAGAUGUGAUGUAAAAUAUUCAACUGUUGAAACAUUAAUAUCCAUUACUGCAUACAUAAGUUGACAACAAAUAUUGUGCUCUAUUUUCUUAAUGCAAUUCAGUUAUGUGAAUGGCAAAGAAAAUAAAUGAUAUUGGUUGAAAUAAA